AAUAAAGUAGUGCAAGAUGGAAUCGUAUCAGACGAGGUGCGACUACUUUUUGAACUCGUCAUCAGCGUGUUCCUGUGUAACUUGUUUUGCGUGUUCGGCAUCGUCUCCAACAUCAUCAACAUCGCCGUAUUCUGCAAACAAGGCCUCAACAACACUGUGAACAUAAGCUUCACGGCCCUGGCCAUCUCUGACCUCUGCAGUCUCGUGGCGCUUCUGUGGUUCAACGUGUGCCUCAAUCCACUCUUCCUUCAAUCGGACGUUCCCAUGAUGCCCUUGGAAGUCCAGCAUCUGACCGGGGGAUGGCCACACGGGUGUUACGCGAGGAUCACCGCAUGGGUCACCGUGUACAUCACCGCUGAAAGAUGUCUGUGUAUCAUUGCCCCCCUCAGGGUCAAACAAUUAGUCACACCGUGCAGAGCUAAAUCGGCCCUGGGGUUUAUCUAUUUCGUCAUGAUCGUGUCUCUGCUGCCUGAGUAUCUAACGAUGUACAUCGACUGGAAGUUUUAUCCGGACACAAACCGAACCCUCCUUAGACUAGUCUUCACUCCAGACAGGCCAUCGGUUGAAGGGCUUACCUUUCUCCUCUACGCCAUCUAUAUCACGGCCUCUUUCAUCGUGGUCAUACUCCUCACCGCCAUGUUAGUCAUCAACUUCAAACGAAAAACAAAAUGGCGGAAGGAAUCGACUUUCGACAACAAGCAAUCGGACAAUAUCUCGAAUCGUGACAAGAAAACAAUAAACAUGGUAAUCGUUAUCGCCGGCGUCUUGAUCGUUUGUUUCACGCCGUCUGUAAUCGUCAGCGUUGUCGGAUUCGCCGUCCCAGGAUUCAGUGUGAUCGGGCGAUACGCCAACUUUUUUUUCAUCGCCUGGUCCUUUGGUUUCCUGUUCGACGCCAUCAACUCCAGUGUGAAUAUCGUGCUGUACUAUACGAUGAGCUCCAAGUACAGGCAAACGUUCCAUCAACUG